GUUUUUUCAAUACGCGCAACCGUGCCGGCGACCAACGCACACCAUGCGAGGAGGAAAGAAGAGCCGUCGCUUUUCGCACGGCAGUGGAGGGCACAUCUUCCUCGCCGCUUCGCGCUUUGAUGCGGUCGCGUCUCGACGGGCGACCUGGUGAACCAGGACAGCCUCCAUACCCCACGAUUCCUUUCUUCUCCUCCGGCUCCGCGUGCCAACGAAGUUAACCGAGAGCCAGAGCAAGAGAUCGCAGCGCACGCAGGAGGGAGCGGCAGGGAAGAGAAGAGCGGGGAGAGAUGGACGAGAUCAUGAACAAGGUGGGCACCUACUGGCUGGGGCAGAGGGCCAACAAGGAGAUCUCGUCGGCUGGCGACGACAUCGAGUCGCUCUCGACCAGCGUCGGGGAGGGCGCGAAAUGGCUGGUGAACAAACUGAAGGGCAAGAUGCAGAAGCCGCUGCCGGACCUGCUCAAGGAGCACGGCCUGCCGGUGGGGCUGUUCCCGCGGGAGGCCACCAACUACGAGUUCGCGCCGGAGACGCGGCGCCUGACGGUGUACAUCCCGUCCCCCUGCGAGGUCGGGUACCGCGACGGCUCCGAGCUGCGGUUCGACGCCACGGUGUCCGGCACGCUGGGCGAGGGCCGGCUCACGGAGGUGGAGGGGAUCAAGACCAAGGUGCUCGUCUGGGCCAGGGUCAUCGCCGUCAAGGCCGACGCCGCCAAGGUCCACUUCACGGCCGGGAUCAAGAGGUCGCGCAGCCGGGACGCGUACGAGGUCGUCAGGGGCGGCAUCACCGUCGACGAGUUCUAGCUCUGGCUGGGGCUCCUCUGGACGAUCUCGAUCUUGCUGGUUUUGCUGCACGCUGAGAUGCUUGCAGGAAUAAAUUCUACUUAGCUAGCCGAGGGAAAUGUGUGACCGUGUGCUUUGUCAGAUUUGUGACGAAACGUGCUUUACUGUACAGUAUUAAGAUUUGAAUGAGAACAUUGGCCCAAGCAGA